CUUGAGAAGGCUCUUAAUUUCAACUUAUACCUUUGAUCAUCAAAUGGCUGAGAAAAGCAAAAUUCUAAUCAUUGGAGCAACUGGGUAUAUUGGAAAAUAUUUAGUUGAAGCAAGUGCAAAAGCUGGACACCCCACUUUUGCUUUUGUUAGAGAGAGCACAAUACUUUCUGACCCUGUUGAGGCUAAACUUGUUGAGAGUUUCAAGAAUUUGGGUGUCACAAUUGUUCAUGGUGAUUUAUAUGAUCAUGAGAGUUUGGUGAAGGCUAUAAAGCAAGUGGAUGUGGUAAUAUCAGCAGUAGGUCAUAUGCAAUUGGCUGAUCAAGACAAGAUCAUUGCUGCUAUCAAAGAAGCUGGCAAUAUUAAGAGAUUUUUCCCUUCGGAGUUUGGUAUGGAUGUUGAUAAGGCCAAUACAGUGGAACCAGUAAAGUCUUUAGUUGAUGCAAAAGCCCAAAUUCGUAGAGCUACCGAGGCUGAAGGAAUUCCUUAUACUUAUGUCUCCAGCGACUGUUUUGAUGGUUUUUUCUUAGCAAAUUUGGUCCAACCAGAAGCCACUGCUCCCCCUAGAGACAAAAUCAUCAUUCCUGGAGAUGGAAACGUUAAGGCUGUGUUCAAUGAGGAACAUGACAUUGGCACCUACACUAUUAAAGCUGUUGAUGACCCGAGAACGUUGAACAAAACCCUCUAUAUUAAGCCUCCCAAAAACACACUAUCGUUCAAUGAGUUAGUGGCUAUGUGGGAGAAAAUGAUUGGUAAAACUCUGGAGAAAAUCUAUAUUCCAGAGGAGCAAAUUCUCAAAGACAUCAAUACAUCUCCUUUUCCAAACAAUGUCGCUUUGGCGCUUAACCACUUAACAUUUGUAAAGGGUGAUCUAACUAAUUUUGUGAUUGAGCCAGCGUUUGGGGUUGAGGCUUCGGAACUUUAUCCAAAUGUCAAGUACACCACUGCGGAGGAGUACCUUGUUCAAUUUGUCUAAUAUUCACACGUUUGAUGUCUCCGAUCACUCAAAAUCAAUAAUUAUAAGUGUCUGUCACCUAUGUUAAUAAAGACAUGUAUUAACUGAGCCAUGUAGAAUGGUUUUUAUCAUCCAUUGUGAGUACUAUAAUGAAAUUACAGAAAAUGAUAAAACAUUUUUGUCUUUUAUG